AUGGGAAAUACGCUGAUUCAGCCGUUAAAUCUGAGCAGCCUUCUUGAUUCUGUUAGCUGGACAAUAUCAGAACCAACUUCAACAGCUAAUGUUAUCAUAGAUAGUUUCAGCGCCAGCGGCCACAAAGAUAUCGAAAGAAUAUCUUUAUCCGCCUUCUUUGAUGCUAAAAAGAAUGAUUCUUUCACUCAUUCCAUGAGACUUCUUACAGAAAGUGAGAGAAUGGAAUUGGUAUACAAAAACCAUUUUAUAACGUUACUUCUCCCAAUCGAUUGGUAUGGUGAAAUGGGACCUUCUUCAAGGUCGUACUUCAGUGAAACCGGCUUUACAUGCCAGCAGAUUCUCCAACACAUCUAUGAGUUUUAUCAGGAAAACAUGUCCGAGGAAGAAAUCAAAGCAGCAAUUCACACAAAUUCAAGGCAAAGUGAAAAGCUCCGAGCAGCAGACUCGGUGUUGAAAGAUGGCAAGACUGUAUUCAAACGUAUUCAGUAUCUCGGUUCCCAGAAUGGUUUCGAGAUGCUUAAACGUGUUAGUAGCUUCAACUGCAGUAACAUCUACGAGCUUAUCAUUAAGGCAUAAAUGAGCAGAUAAAAUAGAGAUUUACAUACAAAACAAUCCAGAAC